UUUUCCUUCUCUCAUCCCAAAAAUCCUCACAUCUCCUUCCCCUUUGGUGCAGUGAUCCCUACUAACAUGUUACACCUGUGUUUAAACUGCAUUUUUUCAAAUUUUCUAUUCUCCCUCCAACCUCAGUCACACCUUUUAAACACAGGGGUUUCAUUAGGAACGAUCUUGAGGAAAAUUCCAGGAGUGGGUCAAUUCCUUGGCCAGUUUAACCAUUUCCACGACUCCCUGCAGCACAGCAGGAAUUAAAACCAGAUAUACAACCAGAUGAUAAUAAAAUAAUCCAUUUCUGCCUGUGUUUUGUGCAACACCGAGUAAUUAAAGGUUGGACUCGAUCUUGGAGGUCUUUCCCAACCUAAACGAUUCUGUGAUUCUGUUCAAUCUGGCACAAGCUGAAGGCACAAUGAUACAACAGAGGUCAUUAACGAAGCGCCUAAUUACUCCUGGGUUUAAUUUGCUUUAUUGCCACCAGAGGGAGGAGGAGACACACUGGUGGCUUUCCCAGGAAAGCAAAACCGCAAGGCACCCCCCGGCAGAACAGUUCCAGGGUUUUGAGGGACCUUGGAUCCUCCUGCCACCUGCUCAUGGCUGAUCCAAGGCUGAGUGCAAAGCUGAUGGAGUCUCCCAGAAGGUGUUUGUGGAGUGCUCAGUGUUGACUGGACACAAAUAAAACCCCAAACUCCACGUGCUGCACGCAGAAGUCGUGAGUUAAUAAGUUGUUUUAUCUCUGUCCAUGAUUCCGGUCAGUCUGGAAGAUCACUGGCAGCCCGUCCUCGCCCACCAAGGGAUUUAAGGUGUCCUGGAACUGCAGAGGUUUAAAACUGAGCAAACCCAGCAGCUGGAAAAUCGACUCCAUUCCAUCCUGAAACAUUAAUAAACCCCCAACCGAAUUCCUGCAGAGGUCCAGAGCUUGGCUGGGCUUCCCAGGGCAGCACAGGCUGCUUUAAGAGACGUGACCAGAACGGAACGAGGGCAUUUGGAGAACUUUGCCUGGGGUUACACACAAAGUUGUGCUGCCCAGCUCGUGCUGGCUUGGGAACAAACUGGCAGCUCCUCCCCUGGACUCUGGUCACUGCUUGGCUGCACCUGCACUCUUCAGUCCUCGCCCGUGCCCGGACUGAGAGAUCAGCCAGGGAAAAGCGUCCACCAGAGCAGCCCAAGCGGCUGAAUGUGCUCUGAGAGGAUCUGGUCAGCACCCGAACGCGGCUCUGACUGAGCUCCAGGAGCUCUCACACACACAGGAGGAGCAGUUCUGCUCUGCCCACGCUGAAAAUGCCAGAGGCUGGAGCGAGCGUCCUGCUGCUCCGGGCUUGCCUGGCUCUGCUGGCCUCACCCAUCUACCUGCUGUCCUUCCUGGGCUUGUGGGAGCCUUUCUGCAGGAAGGUCUUCUUCCCCUUCAUCUUAGAGAAGAUUUGUGUGGCUCACGACAAGAAAUCCAAGAAGCACAAGGAAGAGCUAUUCCGUAAUCUACCCGACUUCAGGGGCCCCUCCGGCGAGCUGAGGCUGCUGGAGAUCGGCACCGGCUGCGGCUCCAACUUCCAGUUCUACCCAGCGGGCUGCAGAGUCACCUGCACCGACAUCAACCCCCACUUCCAGGAGAGCCUCUCCAAAAACAUGAAGAAGAACCAGCACCUCCGCUACGAGCGGUUCCUGGUGGCCGCAGGAGAAGACCUGGGCCAGGUGGCCAGCGGCUCCGUGGACGCCGUGGUUUGCACGCUGGUGCUGUGCUCCGUGCACAGCGUCAGCACAACCCUGAGCGAGGUGCUCCGGGUGCUCCGGCCGGGAGGAGCUUUCUAUUUCUUGGAGCACGUGGCCGCUGAGCAUUCCAGCUGGAGGUAUUUUUGGCAGCAGGUCUGUUACCCGACUUGGAAACUCGUCUUUGCUGGGUGCUGCCUCACGAGAGAGCUGUGGAAGAAUCUGGAAGAGGCAAAGUUCUCGGAGCUGAAGAUACAGCACAUCGGCUUGGCGAUGCCCUGGAUGCCCAUCGAGCCGCACAUCGUGGGGUACGGGGUGAAGUAACCCCUGUCCUGCCCCCCCAAAAUUCCUCAUCGUGACCAACACACCCUGACAGGCACAGGCUCCUCCACACGUAUCAGUAACACAGUGAAGGACUUAAAUCAGAAACCAAAUUGUCAGGUGAGAAGAGAGGGUCAAUUUCCUGAGUGUCUCUGAAUCGCAGAAUCAACAAAGCUGGAAAAGCGCUUUUGGAUUGGAAUCCAACAGUUAAGUCAGCACUAGCACCAUGUUCACCACUAAACCGUGUCCCCAGGUGCCACAUCCACACGUUUUUUCAGCACUUCCAGGGAUGGUGACUCCACCACUGCCCUGGCCAGCUUGUGCCAGGGCCUGACAGCCCUUUCUGUGAAGAAAUCUUUCCUCCUAUCUAAUUAAACCUCUGCUGAUAUAACUUGA